AGCCACCGCCGCCGGCCGCACUCGGAUCGCAGCGCGCGCAGCCAUGGCUUCGGGGCUGGCGGAGGCGGAGACCCGGCAGAGGUUGCUGCGCACCGUCAAGAAGGAGGUGAAGCAGAUUAUGGAGGAAGCCGUCACGCGCAAGUUUGUCCACGAAGACAGCAGCCACAUCGUCUCUUUCUGUGCGGCUGUGGAGGCCUGCGUCCUGCAUGGCCUGCGGAGGCGGGCGGCUGGCUUCCUGCGCAGCAACAAGAUCGCAGCUCUCUUCAUGAAAGUGGGCAAGAGCUUCCCGCCAGCAGAGGAGCUGAGCCGCAAGGUGCAGGACCUGGAGCAGCUGAUCGAGAGCGCGCGAAACCAGAUCCAGGGCCUCCAGGAGAAUGUGCGAAAGCUGCCAAAACUGCCCAACCUGUCCCCACUCGCCAUCAAGCACCUGUGGAUCCGUACAGCCUUGUUUGAGAAGGUCCUGGACAAAAUUGUUCAUUACCUUGUGGAAAACAGCAGUAAGUAUUACGAGAAGGAAGCUCUCCUGAUGGACCCCGUGGAUGGCCCCAUCCUUGCAUCUUUGUUGGUGGGGCCCUGCGCCCUGGAGUACACCAAGAUGAAGACUUCUGAUCACUUCUGGACGGACCCCUCAGCCGACGAGCUUGUCCAGAGGCACCGCAUCCACAGCUUGCACCUGCGACAGGACUCGCCCACCAAGCGUCCGGCCCUCUGUAUCCAGAAAAGGCAUUCGAGUAGCAGCAUGGAUGACCGGCCGUCCCUCUCCGCCCGUGACUAUGUAGAGUCCCUGCACCAGAACUCCCGGGCCACCCUGCUCUAUGGCAAGAACAACGUUCUGGUUCAGCCGAGGGAUGACAUGGAGGCUGUGCCGGGGUAUCUGUCCCUGCACCAGACAGCUGACGUCAUGACCUUGAAGUGGACGCCCAACCAGCUGAUGAACGGGUCUGUGGGGGACCUGGACUACGAGAAGAGCGUCUACUGGGACUAUGCCAUGACCAUCCGCCUGGAGGAGAUUGUCUACCUGCAUUGCCACCAGCAAGUGGACAGCGGUGGGACAGUGGUGUUGGUCAGCCAGGACGGGAUCCAGAGGCCGCCCUUCCGCUUCCCCAAGGGAGGUCACCUCCUGCAGUUCCUCUCAUGCCUGGAGAAUGGGCUGCUCCCUCACGGGCAGCUGGACCCGCCACUCUGGUCUCAGCGGGGGAAGGGCAAAGUAUUUCCCAAACUGCGCAAGAGAAGCCCUCAGGGUUCGUCCGAGUCCACGUCUUCAGACAAGGAAGAUGAGGAGGCCACAGAUUAUGUGUUCAGGAUCAUCUACCCUGGCAUGCAGUCCGAAUUCGUUGCUUCCAGUGCCGUGGGCGGCACUUCCCCUGUCUCCAUGGGCCCUGCCUGGAUGGUGGUUCCUGCGGGACCGUCCACGUUAGUGGUGGCCAGGGGCAGUCGGUGGGCGCAAACCAAAUGGGACACCACCCUCCCCACAUCAAGCCAGAAGCCGCAGCCCCCCAUCCCCCAGGACCUGAUGGAUGUCUCCGUGAGCAACCUGCCAUCGCUAUGGCAACCCAGCCCACGGAAAUCUUCCUGCUCAUCCUGUUCACAGAGUGGCUCGGCUGAUGGUGGCUCAACCAAUGGCUGCAACCAUGAGAGGGCUCCCUUGAAGCUUCUCUGUGACAAUAUGAAGUACCAGAUUCUUUCCAGAGCCUUCUAUGGAUGGCUCGCCUACUGCAGACACCUGUCCACUGUGAGGACCCACCUGUCAGCCCUGGUCAAUCACAUGAUCGUGUCCCCGGACUUGCCCUGCGAUGCUGGACACGGGCUGACGGCCGAGAUCUGGGAGCAGUACCUGCAGGACAGCACAAGUUACGAGGAGCAGGAGCUGCUGCGUCUCAUCUACUACGGGGGCAUCCAGCCAGAGAUUCGCAAAGCCGUGUGGCCCUUCCUCCUGGGCCACUACCAGUUUGGGAUGACAGAAACAGAAAGGAAGGAGGUGGACGAGCAGAUGCAUGCCUGCUACGCGCAGACCAUGUCCGAGUGGCUGGGCUGUGAGGCGAUUGUGCGGCAGAGGGAGCGGGAAUCCCACGCGGCCGCCCUGGCCAAAUGCUCUUCGGGGGCCAGCCUGGACAGCCACCUGCACCGGAUGAUGCACCGGGACUCCACCAUCAGCAAUGAGUCCUCCCAGAGCUGCAGUUCGGGCCGCCAGAACAUCCGCCUGCAGAGCGACUCCAGCAGCAGCACACAGGUCUUUGAGUCUGUGGACGAGGUGGAGCAGGUCGAGGCAGAAUGCAGGUUGGAGGAGAAGCAGCCCAAGAUCCCCAACGGGAACCUGGUGAAUGGCACCUGUUCCCCAGACUCCGGCCACCCUUCCUCCCACAACUUCUCCUCGGGCCUCUCGGAGCACUCAGAACCCAGCCUGAGCACGGAGGACAGCGUCAUGGACGCCCAGCGCCCUGCCCCACUGGUGAUUCGACCCAGGGACAGCCGUGUGGAUGACGGGCAGAGCAGCGAGGCCACCGCUUCCCGGGAUGAGGUCCCCCGUGAGGAGCUGGCUGUGCAGGACAGCCUGGAGAGCGACCUCCUGGCCAACGGGAGCAUGGACGAGUUCGUGUCCAUCACUGGCAGUAUGGAUGUAGCUCUGCCCAAAAGGGGGGGCCCUGCGGUGGAGGGCUGGAGAGGCAUCGAGGUGGGGAAGCAGAGCCAGGUGGACAGUGAAGACAACCUCUCAGAGGAGCCCGAGAUGGAGAGUCUCUUCCCCGUGCUCGCUUCUCUGGCCGUGACCACUUCUGCCAACAGCGAGGCAUCCCCCGUGUCUUCUAGUGGUGUCACCUACUCUCCAGAGCUGCUGGAUCUGUACACGGUGAACCUGCACCGCAUCGAGAAGGACGUGCAGAGGUGUGACCGCAACUACUGGUACUUCACACCCGCCAACCUGGAGAAGCUACGGAACAUCAUGUGCAGCUACAUCUGGCAGCACAUUGAUAUCGGCUAUGUCCAGGGUAUGUGUGACCUCCUGGCUCCACUGUUGGUCAUUCUGGAUGACGAGGCCCUUGCCUUCAGCUGCUUCACCGAGCUCAUGAAGAGGAUGAACCAGAACUUCCCCCACGGAGGCGCCAUGGACACGCACUUUGCUAACAUGAGGUCGCUAAUCCAGAUCCUGGACUCAGAGCUCUUCGAGUUGAUGCAUCAGAAUGGGGACUAUACUCACUUCUACUUCUGCUACCGCUGGUUCCUGCUGGAUUUCAAGCGAGAACUCAUCUAUGAUGACGUCUUCUCUGUUUGGGAGACCAUCUGGGCAGCCAAACACGUGUCGUCCGCCCACUAUGUCCUGUUCAUUGCGCUGGCGCUGGUGGAGGUCUACCGUGACAUCAUCUUGGAGAACAACAUGGAUUUCACAGACAUCAUCAAAUUUUUUAAUGAAAUGGCUGAGCGACACAACACCAAACAGGUCCUGAAGCUGGCCCGGGACCUCGUGUACAAGGUGCAGACCCUGAUUGAGAACAAGUGAGGACCAUGUCACCCAGGCAGCGUCAGCCGAGCCUCCGCCCACCUGCCUGUCCUGCCUGCUUCUCCUCCUGGCUGCCCAGGGAGCAAGGUCCUGGCAUCUGUUCCCGAGCAUGGACCUCUGUGCAAAGAGAAAGUACCCCAACUUUGGCCACCAGGCAGGUGGGAUCGAGGGGUUGCCCCUUCAGUUCAGCCUUAUGUUUCCUGUUUGACCAAAGAUCGCCCAAGUCUGGGAUUUCUCCCUUGUGGGAGUUGGGAGUUGUUGGUGUGCGGAGGGAACAUCUUCGUUCAUGGUCCCCAGAAUGGUCUCCUCCCUCUUCUCUCCCAUCCCUCCAACUGUCUUGUCGGAUGAGACUUGGGGAGGGAACUUUUUGGAAACUGGUAUAGGAGAGGUCUGUGGGGCUACCUCUGUACUCUGAAAGGGGCCUUUGGAGAUGUUCCAGAACGUGGCUGGAAGGUUGGCCUGGAGCAGAGCACUGUUGACAUUUAAUGCUUUUUGGAGGGAUGCUGCCCUGUGCACUCUUGGAAUUUGAGCAGCCUCCCUGGCCUCUACCUACUACAUGCCAGUAGCACCCUCCUCCCCAACCCCUAGUGACAUCCCGGAGCACCUCCAGACGUUGCCAAAUAGCCCCAUUUGAGAACCACUGGCUUGGAGGAGGGGCUACAAGUGUAUCUCCUCUCCACUUUCUUUGUACCUGAGCCGCCUAUAUCCUGAGACUUUCUUCCAUUUAGAAAAGGCACAUGGGGUCCUUUGCACAUCUCUCUUGGGGUCCUGGAUUUCAACCGUUGUGUAUUUCUCAUUUUUUCUCCUCCACCUGGCCCAGGAGAGACUUUUUUCUUCUUUUAAAGAAGGACGUCUGCCUGUGAGAAGUGUCUGUAAGCAUGAGAUAGGCCUCUUCCGGGUACUGCUCAGGGGCCCCCGGGCAGGGCCGAGUCCGUGUCCCCUUCCUCUCUUCCCAGGGAGGACCUCGCCUCUCCUUCCAUACGUCGGGUCUGAUGUUCCAGAAGCUUGGAAGAUGUGUGUUGGUGCAAGCCACUUGUUUAGGGAGGCUGGCUUUUCUCUAAGUGCCCUUGCUCACUCAGGACAAAGGAGGGAAAUGAGGACAGAGGUUGGCCCAGGUAGGGUAUGUCGGGUGUUUUCCUUGGGAAAGAAACAUCAGCUGGUGAACUGGUGCCAGGGUCACAGACCAGACUGGAAAUGGUCCCCUCCAUGUCUUCACACAGAGGGUCACCAACCCCCAAACAGGCCCUAAGCGAGCUAGUUUACCCUGCCUACCUGUCCUCCCAGGAGAGUGGUCCUGCCAGCCCUUCUCUUCCGAGAGUGUACCAGAGUCGGGAGAAACAGUGAGAGUUGGGAAGGGAUGCUCUUCCCAAGAAUGGCAGGUAGGAUUUUGGAGAGGGUAGGAGACUCGUCAAGCACUUUGAAGCAUUCACAGAGGCAGUGCAUUAGUCCUUCCGUCCUGAGCAAACCAGGAUGGGGAGCAAUCCCUGCCUGGAGUGCUUGUGAAGGUGCUUCCCUUGGACCCAGCACUUUAGGUUGCACUGAACUUCCGCCUGAGUAGGGCCUCCUGGGCAGGAUGGAUGAGACUAGAUGGCCCUCGCUUCCGAAGAACGCUCCAUGAGAAAUGCAUCUCCUCGCCCUAGUCCCCCACCUUCCCAAGAUGGGAGAAAAUGUAUGAAAGUCCCCUCCAGAUGAAAGUUUAUUUUGCCAUUCAACUGUUCACUACAGAGGAUGUUAUUUUAGCAAGACCCAGGUCCUAGACCUUCCGAUUCUUAUUUGUUUUUUGACAGACUAGUCUGAAAGUACAGCACAAGAUCUCUUCUCUGCCUUCUCUCGUGGUGUUCCAGAGAGCGUCGUGGUUGUGAUUUGGAAUAACUCCUAUUUAUUUGGCUUACUGUGUUUAUUCGGAUCUCUGUACGUUGUGUGUGUCCUUGUGUCCCUGAAUCGUAUGCGUGCGAGUUGUUUUAUCUAUGGAGUGCCCUCCUUUUCUCAGUGUUGCCAACAUAUCUUGUUACAGUUUACUACAGAGUUGUGUCUAUAGAGAGAGAAAAUAUAUAUAAACAGAAACAUGUGAACCUGGGUUAUUUUUUGUUUCUGUGUUUGGGGAUUUUCUUUUUAAUUUGAAAGAAAGAAAUGCUUGCUUCUGAAGACUGUGUCCUAAUACCCCACCCUCCACCCCACCUCAGUGAUCCAGACACAGAGAGGGACAUAUUCUUAUGAUAGACUCCCUGGUCUUUCCCCUGAAAGUUCAAGGCUGGUGAAUCUCAUCUCAUCCUUUGUAUCAGUUAGCUGUUACCACAAGUAAUGCUGUGUAACAAACCACCCCAAAUCUUAGUGGCUUCAAACAGCCAUUUAUUUAGCUUGUGAUGAUUCUGUAGGUCAGCAAUAUGAGCUGGGUUCAGCUGGGCGGUUCUUCUGGUCUCAGCUCGACUUCUUUGUGUGUCUCUGGUCAGCUGAUGGCCAGCCAGGCUACUCUGCUUUUGACAAUUGGCCGGCUGUUGUCUAGGAUAGUGGGAGAAACUGGGCCAUGUAUCUCCCAUCCUCCAUUAGGCUAGCUCAGGCUUGUUUACAUGGCCAUGAUGGCAGUUUCUAAGAGAGCAAACAGAAGUGUGCAAUGCAUCUUGAGACCUAGGAUUGGAAUUGGCAUAAAGUUAUUUCUACUAUAUUCUUUUGGUCAAAGAAGUCAUAUGGCUGAGCUCAGAUUGAAAGGAUGGAGAAAUAGAUUCCACCAGUUGAUGGGAGGUUUUGAGAAGUGACAAUGAAAAGGGCUGUAAGUACAGGCAGGGAAAUAAUUGAGUAUUUUUGCAAACAGUCUACCAUGUAUCCCAAGGUCCAUGCACAGGAGGGGUCCCAAGAUGGUCAGCCAUUGGACUCAAGAGUAUACCUCUAAGUUGAUGCCUCACUGUAUCCCCACUGCUGAGCUAGCUCCUCUCUCACCCCCAGUGUUCCCAUAGACCAUCAACUUAUCUCCUCAAUAUCUAUGAUUCCCACUCACGGCUGCCAUUCUGAACCACAGUCUUUGGGCAAUGGAGACCUCACAUGGAUCUCCACCCCCAGCAGCCUCUAACCAUGCGCCAAGGGAAACUUCUGGUUUUCCGCUGCAGAAGCAAAGCUUGAUUUAAUCUAAUGAGCACCCAUCAAAACUUCAGGUUUUCUAUAGAAAAAGUUAGUUUCCAAAUAAGCCAGCAAAGUAAAGGAGUUUCAGGUGGCAUUGGUGGCCUGGCUAAGCCCAAGUCACCACUUUCUUGGAAGAUUGCCAGCAGAGGUAAGUCUGAAGCCACACAGCAGCAGGCAGGUGGGGACUUGUCUUUUGCUGGCCCACAUGGGGCUCUCUUAGUGGGAAGGUCUGCUUCUUCCUGGGAGAAGCUUCUGAGAGCAAAGACUGGUCCUGAUGUUCUGACCAUCCUUUGAAGCCACUGGUCUCAUUUCCCCAACUCCAGCCAUAGCUUGGUACACGUGGCCCUCCCCCUGGAGGACCCCACUAUUCUUGCAGCUGCCUGGCACCACCAGACCUGGGUACCACCAGCAUACCUGUUAUGUCUGUACAAAUGUGCAGUUACAUGCAUUAUUGACUUAUGGUAAAGGACGAUAUAUUUUGUGGGAAAAAAAUCCUAAGAGAAUGUUUUGCUUUUGUAAAGGUUUUCCUAAACACAUGCAUUUGCACCUUGCAUAGAUGUGAGAAGAUGAGUCUUGGGCCACUAGGCACGUUUUCGUGACUCAAAGCAGGGAUGGAGAAGGGGUCUUUGUUGCCAUGUGUAUGGCACACACAGUUGUCACUGUGGACUCCUCCUCCCCCUCUUUUCUUCUUCUUCCUCCACCUCCUCCUCCAUCUUUUCCUCCAUUUCUUUA